AAUCAUGGCUGAUGCUGCAUUGCUGCUAACGCAAGAAAAGGCGUUAGUCAAGUCAACCGAAAACAUAGCAAUAAAUGUCCAACACAUGCCAGAAAUUGAAGCAAAAGUAGGUGAUAAAUCAGUGACUCUUGAUGAAAAUGCUGCUCCGGACGAGGAAAAAGAAUCAUCUGGGAAGAAAAAGGGAAAGAAAGGAAAGAAGGGCGGCAAAAAAGGGAAGGGAAAAAAGAAAAAGACGCCGAAACUGAGUUUGGCUGAAAAACGACAGCUGAAGAUGGAAAAAAAGAUAUCGGCUUACAAGUCGAACACGGCCGAGUUUCUCUCGUUUGUAGACACAAUGAAUAAAUGGAGGGCGAAGAAUGCGGACGAGUUGAUCAGACAGUGUCGCAAGGCGGAUACAGACAACAGCGGGUCACUGGAAUACGACAUUGUCAAACUAAUUCUGCUGGAUUUGGAUAUCCCUUGCGACUCCACAGAACUAGAGAUCCUCUGUCGACUUGUGGACACUGGCGAUGACGUAGACACAUGUGAACUGCCGUCUGGGUACAUAGACUACGAGGACUUGUCAGAUACCAUAGUAGCCGUGUCCAAUUACCCAGAGAACAUUCCAGAGUUGACCUCGUUUAAACCUCUGAGUGACAAGACAUUCUACCACCACACGCAGUAUCCAGGAUACGUGAAACUGAAUCUUUUCUUCUACUUAUUCAAAGAUGUCCAUAAAUGUGCGUCUCAUAAGUCAAUCGACACAACUGAUGAUGUCACUCUGCAGUUUGUAGCAGGUGAAAUAAGACGAAUGUGCAGACUGCCGAAUUAUCACAUCGUUUUUUACAAAAAAGAAACCGCGAAUGCGACGGAAUCAAUAGAAAGUAUAGUCGAUUCAACAGAAAGACCCUUAGAUUAUGGGUCGACUUUGCGGGAUUUAGGAUUUGAGGGAUGUGAACAGAAACACGAAGCGGAAGAAUAUUCUUUGUACUAUGAUUACGAAGUCGAAAACUAUAGAACGUCUCUCUUAGACGAAUCAUUGAUUCUAAACGAAGUGAGAGGCCAAGUGUUGAAUAUAAAGCCUUAAUUGUAAAUGUAUAGAUAAGUAAAUAUUUUUCAGCAGAAAGAUUUUCGAGUUUGAUUAGAAAAAACGUUUAAAUAUAAUUUUUGAAAUUAAGU